GAUUCAACACGAGCACAAUUGAGCGUGACACACAAAACAAAAAAAGUUUCAGCUGCUGAGAAAACAAACUAACCUGUUGACUGUGUGUGGAGGGACAAGUGAGGAGGUAGAAAAUGUCUGAGCUAAGCGAUGAAGCCAGUGAAUCAGAGCAGCUGGGGGCCAGCCUGUCCCUGUGGCUGGGCCCCCUGGUGCGGCCCGAGGAGCUGGACGUCCCUCUGGACCUCCACACCGCCUGCUCCAUCGGCCAGUACGACGUGGUGGCAGAGUGCAUCAAAAAACGUGAGGUGGACCUGAAUGGCAAGAACAUCGGAGGAUGGACUCCGCUGAUGUAUGCUGCUUACAUCGGCCAUGACAACAUCGUAAAUCUCCUGCUGGAGGCGGGCGUGAACGUUAAUGCCACCACUGCCAAAGGUUUAACCCCCCUGAUGCUGGCAGCAAGCUGCGGGAAUGAAAGCAUCGCAUACUUUCUGCUUCAGCAAGGAGCUGCGUUGGAGCUGAAGGACUCUCGAGGCUGGACCGCUCUGUUCCACUGCACCAGCACAGGCCACCAGCAGAUGGUCAGGUUCCUGCUGGACAACAAUGCUGAUGCCAACGUCAAAGAGCCAGGUUCUGGUUUCACGCCUCUGAUGGAGGCUGCUGCUUCUGGACACGAGAUCAUCGUUCAGUACCUGCUCGAUCAUAAAGUUAAAAUAGAUGACCGCAACGCUAAAGGAGAGACGGCCCGUGCCCUGGCUAUGAUGUACGGAUACACCAAGCUCGUAAGCCUCAUCGACUCGCGUUCCCCAAGGAUCAAACCAGGACAUUUUGAAGACCCGAGCUCCUCCGAGGACUCAGACAGCGCUCCACCGCGGCAGAGACCGAGUCGAACCAGAGGGAAAGGCGUCAGCAUCCAUGACGGGCCCCAGGCCAUCGCCAAGUUCCGAGUAGGAGGCCCCAGCAAACUGUGUGAGCCUCCCGCAGCAGCGCCAGGCUACAUGACAUUUCGUGAUAUCGGCGAACAGAGUGACGGCAUCUGCUUCCGCGACGUGACCUCGCCCAUCAACGAGCUGGACGGCCAGAGCAACAGCAGCAGAGAUGACAGUCCAUUCUUUGACCAUGACAUGCCCACCAUGAGGAGCAGCAGCAGCAGCAGCGAAGGCCUGCCUCAUGCGAUCGGCCUCAACUGGGAAGGCUCAGUGGAGAGCAACGAGGACUCUGACCAGUGCAAAAAGAGCAGCUCUCGCAGACUAAACAAGGGCCAUUACUCAAAGGGGAAGAGCCGCCAUGCAGGCAAUGAUACAGCUCACUCCAGCUCCACGGGGAACUGUGGGAUGCUCUCAGGUGUUGGUCUUCCACCCUCCUACACGGGUCCAAAGGACCUGGCAGAGUUUUUGGAGCAGAUUGGCUUCUCGAAGUAUCUUCCCGUACUUGAGGAACAAGACAUUGACCUGCGGAUAUUUCUCACCCUGACUGAAAAUGAUCUCAAAGAAAUAGGAAUCACAUUGUUUGGACCCAAGCGAAAGAUGACUUCUGCUAUUGCAAGGUGGCACAGCAGCGCUCGGCCACCCAGCGACGCUCUGGAACAGGCUUAUUCUGACCAGCUGGAGGCGGAGAUGCAGGAGAUGGCCAUUCAGCUACACAAGCGCUGUGAGGAGGCGGAGAGCCUGCAGAGCCAGGUGUCUCAGGAGAAGGAGCUGCGUACCGUCAUGGAGGGAUGUCUGAUGGAGGAUAAGAUGGCCUGGAGGAGGGUCCACACCGAGCUGGUGGAGAACCACCGGCUCACUCAGGACAUGAGCGCCCUACUGGUGAAGUCCCGGGCCUGCAGCGCCGAACUGCUCUCCUGUUUCACUACUGAUGGGAAGAGCAGUGUGGAAGGUGACAAUGGAGUUAAAGCCGGAGAGGGACUGACGCGCCCCAGUGUUGCAGAGCUACUAAAGAAGCUGGAUUCCUAUGAAGAAGAACUGGCAGGGACCCUGCAAACUGUGCUCCAGAGUCUGAGGCGACUGAGUGCCCCUGAAAAAGUUUCUGAUAGCUGGGAACGACCUUAACCUUUACAGAGGCAAAUAUUUGACGGAGGGUGAUCUAACCACCCUGAACAAUCUCAGUGAAUGAGAGAAGGCCAAAGACAAGCCGGACGAGAGCAGCUCACAGAGUGACUCGGCUGACUCCUCGGGGAUUGGCUGACGGACCAGAGCUCGCCAGAUGUGGACAGGGCCAGGGGUGAGGGCAGCUGCUGCAGGGAAAUGACAAACAGGCAGGAAGGGUACCUGACCCUCACGCUUGUGCUGGUGUAAGCUGGACUCCAGUAGUUGGGUUGUGAAGAUGCAGAGAGAGGAGGAGGGACUGAUGGCGGAUGAAUACUGUGAAAUGUUUCUAAGAGGCUGUACUCUCUUCCUUGAUGUGGUUUAAAUGAAGUUCACACCACCAGCAGAAGAGGUACAUUUCUUAAAAGCAGUCAAAGUUAUAUAAGUAGUUCUGCAGAGUUAUUAUAGACUUUAUCUGAAUGAAAUCUUAUUUGUAUGCUGUUUGAAACAAAAUGUCCUGCUGAAUGCAUUUUAAGAUAAAUGAGCUGUCAGUUAAUCAUUUACAGCAAUACAUUAUGUUAGUGAUGCAAUGAAAUGGUUAAUGUAUCUUAAAUGUUUUACUCUGAAAUUCUCUCAUGUCUAAAAUGCCAGAUAGUCUUGGUUGUAUUUGGACCUGAAUUAAAUCCUUGUUGCCGGAAAAUUCAGGGUGGGCGCUUCAAUUCUGUGAAAUUUUUCUUUUUAAUCUGAAACUGAAGUAUGCGACAGGUGAUUUAUUAUUUUCAAUUUAAAUGCUUUUCAAGGUGUAAUCAGAGAAAAACCUUUGCUAACUAUCAGGUUGUAGGUAGCAUCUUAAUCCAUUAAGUGCAUACAAGAAAGGUGAAAUUAAAGAAAUCUGAACAUUUCAAAUUAAAGUGUUGCAAUACAUUUUGACUUCUGGACUAUAAAACGCUCUGGACUUAUUGGAAAUGUUUGGAUCACACGAGUCUGAAGCAAUACUGGCAGUGUCUGCUGGAAUCUUAUUCUCCAAAUGAAAUAAUACUAAUAUUGCUAAGUGUAGUAGUUACGUUUGCAACUGCAGAAAUACUAUAUUCAAACUGAAUAAACAGACAUGCAAAGAAAAAAAAGCAAAGCUCUUGAAUAUUGAAUAUUUAGAAUUUGAAUGUCAACGUUAUAAAAUGAAGCUUUGAACUAUUUGGUAAAGCCCUAGCUAAUUUUCAUAUUUUAUUUUUAUCUGAAACAAAUGAUCAUGACAAAACACUAUUUUCAUAAUAGUUUUAAUGGAAUAGCUGGAAAAUUAUUGUAGGUCCCACAACUGAGCAUUCACAAAGAAAUAACGAGUGGUUGGGCUCACGCUGUGGACAAAAAAAAACACUGGAAGCAUAAUCUUUUUUUAAACAUUUUAUAAGCUGCUGAAAACUAAUACAUUAUUUAUGACUUUGUGCCAAUUUGUGGUUCUGAGAUGAAUCCACAACGAAUAAAGUUUGUGCACAGGUAGACUUGUGCAUCAUUCUAUUUCACUCUUCAGUGU